UAUAUGUCUAUUUCUUGAGAGAGAGAGAAAAAACAUAUAUAUACUUAUAAUUAACAAAGAGUUGGUAAAGUAGCUACUAGCUAGCUAUGCAAAAGUGGUCAAAUGUCAAACAAAGAUAAUGUGUGAGUGUGAGUACUCAUAUAAUAAGUUAUAAAUAAAAAUAGAGGGAAAAAAGAAAAAGAUAAUGCAUGUGUUAUAGUUUCUGGGAUUGGGAAUUGUUUAAAGACAGUGGCCAUAAUCUGCAUACAGAAUCUCACCUCCAAAUAUAGCAACACAGAGGAUACCAUUUGCUUCUUAACUUAACCCUUCAUUUUCUCUCUUAAAAACUCUCACUUUCACACACUACUACUACUACUACUAUAGCUACCUCUCUCUCCCAACACCCUUUUUCUGAUCUCCAUAAUUUUUACAAACUUCUACUCCUUGUAAAGAGUGUGAUAUAAUAAUAAUAAUAAUAAGGAAAGUGCAAAACACAAUUAGUGGGUCUGGUUCUCUUUGGCUAGCUCCAAAAGUGUAUUGCAUGUGUCACUAAAUCUCUAAGUCAUAAAUAUUGAAAAAUCUUUUUGGUGGGUUAAUUAUAUAUAUGUGAUAUAUAUAAUAUUAUAUACAUACAUACAUUCAAAACUCAUGUCUACUCUCAAAAAACCUUUAUCAACAAUAUUAUUAGUUUUGUUCUUGUUCUUGAUAUCCAUAUGUAUUCUCAACAACAACCACCCUUCUUUAGUUUACAAGUCUGGAUUAGCUUCCAAGCACCAAGAUACAGUUGAUCUCUACUUCCAGGAUUCUGCCAGCAGCAAAAAAGUGACUACGUUGCCUAGGACCACUACUAACACCUUUUUGAGGAGGAGAAUAAGUGGUCCGGGGUCAUCGCCACCACGAUGCAGCUGGAAAUGUGGGCGAUGCACCCCGUGCAAACCGGUCCAUGUGCCGGUGCCACCUGGGACACCGGUCACCGCCGAGUAUUACCCUGAAGCAUGGAGGUGCAAAUGUGGAAAUAGAUUGUACAUGCCAUGAUAUAUGAUGCAUGGAUUUUUAUUUGGUACUUAUUAGUUUAGAACUUUGUGCUAUUAAGUACAAGGGGGUAUUAUGUCAUUAAUCAAUUUAGUAGGACUGAUACCACAAAAAAGGUUUGAAAAUAUAUAGUUCGUAGAAGCUUAAAUUAAUGUUUUGCAAUUUAUGGACCUCAUUUGAUUAGCAUUUUAAGUUUUGGUGUGAUAAUUAAUCUCAUUAUAUCAAAGAUUUUUUUUUCUUCAUA